AUGAGGAGUGGUUGUGACCUGAGAUCUAACCCGGCGUGGUCGCCGCAAAGAUCGGAGACAAAAAAAACGAGCAAGGCGUCGGAGAUUCGAUCCUUGAAGAUGCCCAGGGACGUUUGCGGUUUGCCGAUGCUCGGGAGCGGGAUGACGGCGAAAAUUUGGUCUAGUGGGAUUCCGGUGCCGGUGCGGGGAGGUGUUCUGCUCCAAGCACUGAAGCAUAGAUACUCCGAUCGCCACAACUGUUUGUUUGAUUACAAGGUGGCCAGCCAGGAGGCGAUUGUGAGGGAAAAUCCGGUGGUCCGAGCCGCCAAGAUUCUGAAACUGUGA